UGUUGUUGGGCGAUGCUCCACCUCGAGCCGGGGCACCGGAUCAUGGCCGAGGCGCUCGCCGCGCGCAUCCACGCCCCGCCCGACCGGCGCGAGGCCGUCGACGUCCGCUGCAGCGACUUUGGCGUGCAGUACUACCUCUGCGUGCCUCCGGAGCAGCAAAACGUGCUCAAGCUGUCGGUGUGGGUGCGCUGCUUCGCUGAGGUGGUGGAGGGGGUGGGCGAGGCGUUCUUCGCCGAGCAGCUCUACCCCGGCAUGGUCCAGCCGCCCGAGCCAGGCUACUCGCUCACGCUCGCGCUCGACCUCGACGCGCUGCCGCCAGAGGAGGAGGCGCGGAACGAGCUGGUGCGCAAGCUGUCGUGCGUCGGCCGCGACGUGCUGGGCGCGCCGCUGCGGGUGGCGCUGCUUGCGCUCCUCGGCGGCGCCGCGCCGCCGCGGCCGUAUUACGCCGUCCACCACCGCGAGGGCGAGGCGAUGUAUGUCGUCCCAAAGGAUGACGUGGUGAUCGUGGUCUUUGGCAUCGCCUUCGCCAGCCCCGUCGAGGCGGCCAUCGCCAAGGCCUUCCUCCACGAGAUUGAAAUCUCGCGCCGCCAGUCGCGCGAUCUCGCCACAGCGCCCACCGUCAGCUACACGCACGAGCCGCCGCUCGAGCUCAAGCAGCUCGACGGCGUCCGGCCGCUCCAAGGCGCCGGCUUCGUCGGCCACGUCUCGCUCGCGCUGAGCAAGCGGAACGUCGAGGGCGGCCGGCUCGAGAAGGUGCUUGCUCUCGUGGUUGGCUACCGAAACUACCUGAUGUUUCAUGUCAUGGGCGCAAAGUCGCAGCUCCACACGCGUAUCCGCUCGCGCUCCUCGAACUGGCUCCAGGUGCUCAACCGUGCGAUGCCCGAGAAGCUCGACAAGGAGAAGAAGACCAUCACUGGCCGGACCUUCAGAAAAGGGCCCUGAAGUUCACUGCUGCUGCACUGGCUGGUGGCUCCCGCACGUUCGCGCGCAUGUACUUUUCGAUCUUGUGAUGUCCGGGACGCACGAUAGGGGGACAUAGCAUAAGAGAGGGCGGAUCUGGGAAAACAGAGUAAACAGUGUGUACCUGUAUGUUAAGAGCCGUACGCGCAGU